CGUGUAGGCGUUUGAGAGGACACAGAAGGGUGUCUUCAUUCUAAGUCGUUUCUCUCUUCUCUCUCUCUCUCGAAAGUUCUCUGUGCGACGAAAGCUGCGAUUCAAGUGAGAUUGAGUACCGGCGCAAGUCUUCUCCUUGGUGAGCUUGUAAAUGAGAACGGAGAUUCCGAGGGCGUGGACAGCUUCGGCGGCGACGAAAAGGUUGUCAUGGUCGUGAACAAUCACUCUUAAGAAAACGGGAGCAGUCAUGGCGGAUACAACACCGAGAAAAGCUUUGACCUUUGGUGGUUGCCGGCGAACCCAUGUCGUCACGGCGUGGAUCAGCUUCUGCGCCGCCUUCAUCUUUUGAUUUCGCUCUUUGCUUUUGUUACUGGAGAUAGAAAAUAGUAAAGUCGAGACCUUUCGUGGCUUGAGAAGUUGGAGUUUGCCGCAAUGAGGGGAAGGAGCUACACUCCGUCACCACCAAGGGGUUAUGGGAGGAGGGGUCGAACAAGCCCAAGCCCUAGAGGAGGCCGUUAUGGAGGUCGUAGUGUGGACCUCCCGACCAGUCUUUUGGUUCGCAAUCUAAGCCAUGACUGCAGGCAAGAAGAUCUCAGGAGGUCGUUUGAGCAGUUCGGGCCUCUUAAGGACAUGUCUAUGCCAAGGGAUUACUAUACUGGACUUGUACUUUUCAGUCGCCUAAGGAGAAGGAUCAAGGAUGCAAUGUUGCUUGAUAUGUUUCAUGUGUGUGUUAAUUGAAGUUGUUGAGGUUUAGCAGUGAAUCUAAAGAAUUGAAGACAUGAAUUAGAGUUUUUACGAAGAUGUUGUGUAUGGCAGUGAAAGAGUUUCGAAGUGAAAUUGAGUUUAAUAAAAAAAUGUUUAAUAAUUUUUUUUUAAGAACCUUAAAUUAAGAGACUUUGCAUUGGAGCAUAUAAAUGUCAGAGUUUCUUAAUGU